AUGAAUGGAGUUGAAAAACUCAAGAGCGAGUCAACUGAGUUGCCUGAUUGUAUUAUAUCGGAUAUCUUUUCCAUGUUGAGUUUGAAGACUUUGGUGAAAACUAGUGCUUUGUCCAAACAAUGGUAUCGCGAAUGGGGAUUAAAGAAGGAUCUCAAUUUUGAUCUCCAUAACAUGUUUGAUUCUAAUACAAUGCCGGAGCUACCAAAAACCCUUCCGCGCCUUCAAGAGGCUCAAUCUCAAUUUGCCACAAUAUUGGAUAAUUUCAUGCAGAAAUAUCCCGGUGACACCAUCAGUUCAAUCCGAGUAAAUUUUCCAUUAGGUGUCGAUCAUACUUAUGCCAUUAAAGGAUUGAUUCACAAAGCAGCCCUUAAAGGGGCUAACCGUAUUGAGCUCCUCUUCCCAUGUGACGCUGAUUUUAAAAUAGAGCCAUACAAAUUUUUAUUUCCUUUAUUGUCUGAUACUAAUUCUGUGACAUAUCUGCACCUACAGAACUGCCACAUAGCAGCGCCUAUGAAGUUUUCUGGAUUGAAGAAUUUGAAAACUCUUGUAUUGCAUCUAGUUCCUGUGGAGCAGAAUAUGCUUCGGCCCCUCUGUUUUAACUGCAUCCAUCUUGAGAACUUCACUCUUAACCAGUGUACCUUCUUAUCUGAUUUAAAAAUAAGGAGUACAACUUUGCUUCAUUUGAACAUUGACUGCGGGCGUAACAUUACAAAGGCCACAAUGGCGAAGAAAAUUGAUAUCAUUGCAUCAAAUCUCUUAUCCAUUGAAUAUUCUUCCAAGUGUAUCCAUUCACGCAGAUUGCACAAAUUGAACAUCAGGUCUCAUACCUUGUCCCAGUUUAACUACAGAUGUCGUCGAAUUUUUAAACUUGUCAAUUUUUCUGGACUGAAAAAUGUAACAACAAUUGUGUUGGAUGAUCUCCAUGAAGUUCUCCCAGGUGAUGGUGAUGUCAUAACUUGGUUGUUUUCUAAAUGUCUCCAACUUGAAGAUGUCACCUUUAAAAAUUGCCUUUUUAUGUGUGAUAUGAAAAUUAUCAGUUCAAAAUUGCGUCAUUUGAGCAUAAUUGAUUCUCGCUGUGUGAGACUCUCUAAGAAUCAAGAUUCUUAUAAGAUAGAUAUUGAUGCUUUGAAUCUCUCAUCCUUUGAAUACGGAAAUCACACGAGCUACAUGAGGCCUAUAAUCUCGGUUGAAGCUCCAAAGUUAUUGAAGGUUUUUUGGGAUGGUUUGUUUGAAAUAAAUAGCUUUGGUGCAAUUGCAAGAUUACGCCAGGUUGAGAAUUUAACUAUGAAACUAGUUGUUUCACAGUGGAGACAGAUAUCCACGUUACCGAAGGAAUUGGUUCAAAUUCAAAAUCUUACGCAAUUGGAAUUAAUUAUUACAUUUAAUCUUAAGAUGAUGGACUACUCUUGGAUUUUAGAUAUUGCAAUGACUUCUCAACAUCUCCAAAAACUUUCUCUAUCGAUUAAUGUACAUCCGGAAAUAUCACAUAUAGUUGGAGCUCAAAGGCAAAGAAGAGAAUAUGUCGGGUUUUUUCACAAUGGUUUAAAAUAUGUGGAGUUACAUGGCUGUGUUUGCUCCAAAUAUGUAAUUGAGUUAGCAAGUCAUCUAUUGAGGAGUGCAACUUUGCUUAAGCAAAUUACUUUCAGUUCCCGUCACAAUUACUAUAUAGGUGCUGGAUCAUGGACUAAGUUAUCUGGUGGCUGUCGUAGUUUUGAUCGAAAUCUUAUUCAUGAGCAUCUUAAAGAUGAAGUAAACGAACAAUGUCAACUCAUAAUUUUGUAG